AUGGGAGUAUACUCACCUGCGCGACUUGAAACGUCGGACACUGGAAGACUACGACGGAACGCGUCGAGAUUCCUAGUAGUACUGUGCUGCGUCAUCGGCGUUGUGCAGCUAGGUUGUUUACCGUUUUCCGUGGUCGGAGUGUCCGCAGAAGAGGCACCAAUGUGUGUGGAAACUGAAAGCAAGACCACCUGCACGUGCGCUGAACCGCUCCCAUCCCGAGACGCGAAGACAGGCGCGGCAAACCUGUCCCAGAAGAGGAAUUCGCUUGAGGUGAUGUGCAAAGGCAACCUAAAAUGCGCACCAGAUGAGCUGAAGGCGUCCACAGUCUGUGCAGCAGGCACUCGGGAUCUGACUAAAUGCAAGGACGUUAAAGAUGGCAGGGACGCGUCUUGCGUUUACCUUCAUACGCUGCUCGCUGAAGCCCCGACAAGCAUAAAGUGGCAAGCAGUAUCCGUACAAGGCAAAGGCACGGAUCAGUCGAAGAUGCUCACUCUCGGACCAGAGAAUAUCCCCUACGUCGACGGGCAGUUCGUCGUUGGAUGCAUGGAUUCUAGCGCCUCCACCACGAAAUGCACAGUCACUGUUUCUGUGGAGGCAAGAGCUAGCGCCACAAACGGACAAACUGUCAGAUGUGCCUACGGCGCCAGCAGCAACCCUUCCCACCAAACCGUGACGCUGAGUCCAUCCCAGAACAGCAUCACUCUGGUGUGUGGAAAGGAAGGAGUUGUGCUGCCGACUAAGGUCGACCACACAUUCUGCUCCGCAGAGUCAGACGCGAAAGAGGCUUGCGACGGCGAGUACAAGACGAUCAUGCCCGGUUUCGAAAGCACCUGGUGGAAGGCAGACGCGAGCGGCUAUUCGUACACACUUUCGAUUCCGGCAGACAAGUUCCCGAGAGAGCCAGCAAAGAUUGUGGUUGGAUGCCAGCAAAAGGAAUCGUCAGCCGGCAGCAGGGAUUCGUUAUACCGUGAUUCUGGUCCAACUGUGUGCACCGUUGGCGUGACGAUUGAAGCCAGCCAGGCUACCUCUGUAUCCAUGGGGGUGUCGGGUGUGUCAGCAUUUCUUGCGGGGGCUAGUGUGAACGCUCUACUGGCCUAUUUGUAG